AUGGAAAAUAAAAAUGUGUAUUUGUACAUACCGAAUAUCAUUGGCUACAUCCGAGUGAUACUGGCUCUGUGGGGGUUCAUGAUAUGUCGGAAGAACCUAAUUCUGUUUGCCGUUCUUUACACAGCGAGCCAAAUACUAGAUGCCUGCGAUGGGUGGACGGCGAGAAAAUUUAAUCAAACCUCCAUCUUCGGCCAAAUAUUAGAUCAAAUCACCGACAGAUUGUCGACAACCCUGCUCUACUUACUCAAUGGAAACGUCUACGAGGAGUAUAUUAUUCCGAUAGGACUAAUCAUGAUUGCCGACAUAGCAGGGCACUACUUUCACUCAUCAUCAUGCGCCAUAGCGGGAAAUAAAACACACAAGAAAAUCGAGAAGGGAAACCGGUUGCUCAAGCUGUACUACGAGAGGCCAGUGGUCAUGGUUAUUUGCAUCAUCGCGUACGAGUCCUUCUGGUUUGCGGCCUAUGCGUUUAAGAUCACGCCCCCACGUGACAUCAUCAACAUAAUAGGUAAGUUAAAAAAGAGGAAAAGAUAA